ACAACCCCUCUUUCUACAUCAUGCGUUUCACAAAAUAAUGUAACGACCCUGGGUUUAUAAGCGCGGAAAUCAACUCUGCGGUUUGAGCAUGCUUUUGCGUCACAGUCGAUAGCGCGCCCAACCUCGGGCUAGAAGGUCGAUGGUUCGAGACCUGCUCCCUGCUGUUUCAUUAAAUUCAUUACAAUAAUAAUACAUGUUCAACCGUUUUAACAACUGUCCACUGAUUGGUGGAAACGUUGCAAAUAUCCCGCGAGUUUUAAAUUGAUUGACAGCUCUAAAGCACUGGUCGACGUUCGUCUUCGAAGUCCACUCAACUAAAAGUCCAUCGUGAAAACAGAUGCUCGACGGUGAAAAAAGUCAAGAUGUCAGUGGUUCAGAUGGUGAAAAUCGUGGGUCUGGGAGCUGUGGCCCUCAUUCUCAGUGUGGAGUGGUUGGGCUGGCUCUUCUGUCGCCUCUGGCCCCGGAAAAUAUCCAGAGGGCCCCUGAAAGAAGUCUUCUUUUUCCCUACAGAGGUCGCCUGCACGGAGCGUCUCUUCACUCCUAACUCACCAUUCCCCUGCCCCUGUCCUUUACCCCACAACAUCAACACCUCCUUCACCCGUCUCCUGGUCCACAUCCUGUCUGCCUCCUCCUCCUUGGACCUGUGUGUGUUCGCCUUCACCAACCUGGACCUGAGCCGGGCCGUGCUGGCCCUCCACACCAGGGGCAUCCCCAUCCGUAUCCUCACUGACAUGGACUACACCCUCAUCACCGGCUCCCAGAUAGGGGCCAUCCGCAGAGCAGGCAUCUGUGUGAGGUGUGACUCUGGCGCCGUCCACAUGCACCACAAGUUCGCCGUGGUGGACGGCCGGCGCCUAAUCACCGGCUCCCUGAACUGGACGCUGACAGCCAUCCAGAGCAACAAGGAGAACAUCCUGGUCACGGAGGAACCGGACCUAGUCCUGCCCUUCAUCACUGAGUUCCAGAGGCUCUGGGAUGUCAAUGACCCGGCUAGGAGACACCUGUUGUCCAUCGCUGAGAAACCUGCUAGUUUAGUACUAUAGAGAGACAGAGAAACAUGGCUGAAAUGUUUGUAUGGUCAGUAGCUGGUGGUUACUUUUGGUUUACCAACUGGUACGGUGAUUAUGUAGAAUGUUUUAUUAUAUUUUCCAUUUGUGAGAAACCUGCUAGUUUAGUAUUAUGGAUAGAAAGGUGUAUGGUCCUUAUCUGGGACAAACCUGUCCAAAUAAAAACAGUAUUUAUAUAAGUGUAGUGUGGUACAUUAGGAUUGGGCAGUACUGGUCAAGUACAUGAUGUAUAAUUUGGGUAGUUUGCUAUCUAGUAGUUUUAUAUUUUUCUCAAUCUCAGAUAAACCUGCUCAUCCACAUCUUAUCAGAGAAACCCGCUUUCUUCGUCAUGUAGAUAGACUGAGAGAAACAUGGCUUUCAUCUGUAGUUUCCUACUUCAGUAGAAGUCAUAUAUUUUUGACAGAUCAAUCGCUGCUUUAGACUGGUGUGGGGAUGAUGUAGAAUGGGUAGUUUGAUAUUUUGUACUUUAAAGUUUUUUUAAUAGUUUUACAUUGUUUACAUUGAGGUAUUUUGUUAUUGUACACAAUGUUGUAUAUAUUUUAAUACAAAGUCAUUUGAAUUGUUGUUUUUUUGUUUAAUGUUAUAUUGGAUAACUAAAAGAUAGGAAUUUGUUUUGUAUGUUAAAUGCUAUAUUUAAAAUAAGAUUUGAUUACAGUAUUUUGAUAAAGAUAGAAAUAGUGAGAAUACUUCAUGUUAACUCAGUCCAUCCUAUGGCUUAUCAUUAAGAACCAGACAACUAUGCCUAGUCAGAACAAUUGCACUGAGAGAUAAGUGGUGCAUUGCAGUCACGCAGAAGAUAUUUGUAAUGCUUCUCAGAGCACACAGCUCAAAUUAAAAAUCCACUCUACUGCAAUAUGGCAGGCCUCCUGCAUCUCAAUCCCCCAGAAUCUGUGUCCCAAAUGACAAAUUAUUCCCUAUAUAGUGCACUACUUUUGACCAAAGGAUCAAAAGUAGUGCACUAAAUGAGUAGGGUGCCAUUUGGCCUUGUGCCCAGGAUCUAUAGCGUACUUCCUUUUCUCAUGCAGGAAGGAGCAUUAUUUAUAUGAUCAGUCAGAGCCCUGGGUGGUAAAGGCCAGUCAGCUAGACCAUACCUUUCAU